UUGGUAUGCAGAUAUAGAGGGAGGAGCUUACGGAGGGACUGAGGAAGCGGAGCUGUGAAGGUGGCGGAAGGUCUGUGCGCACGCUGCGUUGGAGAGAGGCCCCAGGCACACAAAGCAAUGCAUCUAAGGUGGCUCAUAAGCGCUGCCCUGUUAGGGCUGGCAACCUGUGUGCCCAUCGAACGGCCCAAGGAGAAACAAGAAGCAGAGGCUCCCCCAGAGCAGCCGGACACAGGCCUGUAUUACCACCGCUACCUCCAAGAAGUGAUCAACGUGUUGGAAACAGACGGACACUUCCGGGAAAAGCUCCAAGCAGCCAAUGCUGAGGACAUCAAGAGCGGAAAGCUCAGCAAAGAGCUGGACUUCGUCAGCCACCACGUCCGCACCAAACUCGACGAGCUGAAGCGUCAGGAGGUGUCCCGGCUCCGGAUGCUUCUGAAGGCCAAAAUGGAUGCCACCAUGGAACAAGAUGUACAGAUCGAUCACCUGUCUCUGCUGAAGCAGUUUGAGCACCUGGACCCUCAAAACCAGCACACCUUUGAAGCCCGAGACUUGGAGCUGCUCAUUCAAGCGGCCACCAAGGAUCUGGAGAAUUAUGACGCGGCUCACCACGAGGAGUUCAAGCGCUACGAGAUGAUGAAGGAGCAUGAGCGUCGGGAGUACCUGAAAUCUCUGGACGAGGAGAAGCGGCGCGAGGAGGAAGCCCAUUUUGAGGAGCUCAAGAAGAAGCACAAGGAGCACCCCAAGGUCAACGUCCCGGGCAGCCGCGAUCAACUCAAGGAAGUCUGGCAGGAGACUGAUGGCUUGGACCCCAAUGAAUUCAACCCCAAGACUUUCUUCAAAUUACAUGACACCAACAGCGAUGGAGUUCUAGAUGAGCAAGAGUUAGAGGCUCUCUUCACGAAGGAGCUGGAGAAGGUCUACGACCCCCGUAAUGAGGAGGAUGAUAUGCUAGAAAUGGAGGAGGAACGGCUCCGGAUGCGGGAACACGUCAUGACCAAUGUGGACCUUAAUAGGGAUCGGCUGGUGACCCUGGAUGAGUUUCUCAAAUCAACUCAGAAAAAGGAAUUUAAUGAAGUUGAUGGGUGGAAGACGGUGGAAGAAACACAGGUCUACUCGGAGGCGGAGCUCCAGCGCUUUGAGGCGGAGCUGAUGGCCCAGGAGGCGGAGCUAGGCCGACAACAGGAGCACCUCCGCCAGCAGCACCAAGAGCUUCAGCAGCGCCAGGUGGAGCUCGACGCUCAGAAGAAGGAAUAUCAACAGGUUGUGCUCCAGAUGGAGCAGAGAAAGUCCCAACCACAGGCUGAGCAAGCCCCGCAAGCCGGACCAGGAGGAGAGCUGAAGUUUCAAGCCCAGCCACCUCAUGCAGCUCCAGCAGAUCAGGCCCUUCCACCCCAGUCCAUUCCAGAACACGCUCCUGAGCAGAACCAGGUGGAACCUCACCAGAACCAACAGCGUCCCGAAGUUGAGAUCCAAUAGAAUAUCUGUGUGUGUGUGUCUUAUAUUUUUCCUUCUCUUACCCUGCAGCCGGAGUGCUUGAAAUGACACUCCCCCCCCCCCGGGACAGUGGCUGUGGGGGCCAGUGGGGAAUCUCUUACGCUACACAGAACUGCGAGAGGAAUCUUAAUGUACCCCACCCCGAAGCCCUUCCCUGCCUGUUCCUCCUCUAAUCACUCCCCAGCAAACAGGCGAAGUGUUUUUUUUAAAA